AUGUCGUCGUUUCAGAAUGAAUUUGACGACUCGCCGUCAUGGGGAAGCAAUGCGCACGCUGCGCCAGGCGAUAUUUUGCGGGAUGCAAUGAGAAAGGAGGCGCUGAUAAAAGAGAUAACAGCCGGCCAAGAAGACUUGCGCGCUCUUGUCGGUCGCGUUCAAAGUCUUCAGGACGAAGUUGAAAAGCUUACGUCGGGGAAUGAGAUGCUGCAAAUGUACAUCGAGAAUCUAUCCAAGCAAAUCAAAGGCUGA